GGUAGAUCGAGCGUCCUUGUGUUGCGAGUUCAACGUUUCGUGUCAUGUUUAGAGAAAUUUUUAGGAAAUCACGUUUGAAUUUUUUGACACUCUCCCUAUAAUUUGAAUGUGCUCUUUAAAGGAAAAUGAGUGCAAGCAGAAAGGAGUCGACCUAUAUUCGACAGUCAAUUGAAGAACCGGCUUAUUUACCAGUUGGAACAGAAGUUAGUGCCAAAUAUCGUGGUGCCUUUUGUGAGGCAAACAUCAAAUCAGUAAAGAAGCUUGUGAAAUGCAAGGUUAAUUUUGAAAAUGGUGGUGGAAACAGUACAGUUAUGGAUGAUGCCAUUAUUGGCAACUUAAGGGUUGGAUCUGACAUAAAGGUGAAGGUUCAAGAUGGUCAGGACAAGGCAGGCACACUUGUGAAAAUAACAGACUCAAGCACAUACACAGUGAUUUUUGAUGAUGGUGAUGAAAGAACGCUAAAGAGGACCUCUCUAUGCAUCAAGGGUGAAAAACAUUUCAAUGAAAGCGAAACUCUUGAUCACCUACCGCUUACAGACCCUGAGAACUUUGGCACACCUGUCAUGCAGCAAGGUAAAAAACCAAGAAAAGGACGAAGGAGUUCAUUAAGCUUAGAUGAGAACAAUGAUACUGAUGACUUGACUGUGAGAAGAAAGUUGAGCGUGAAAGAUGAAAACAGUCUUGAAAAGGUUGUCUUGAUAAACUUUACAGAAAAAAAGAAAACUUUUCAACUGCCAGUUUUGCUUCUCUCUUCCUCUGAAAUUCGUGGUGAUUUGAAAAGUCCCGAUAAUGUGCUUGUGAGAUCAUUCAAAGAUGGAAAGCAAAUGGAAGUUAAUUUUAAAGAUGUAAAAGAGUUCUCCAAAGAAAGUGCUAUGAAUUCAAUUUUGACGAAAGGAGAAAAUCCAGGCUUAAAGUCAGCUGUCGAGAAUGCUCUGAAGUAUUUAGAAACAGAUCAGUUGCCCGAGAACUGGAAUGAUGAAAGCCUUGUUGAGGCGCAGCACAAAGAGAAUGGUGAACAUUCUUCUUGUAGUGAGGCUGAGUCUGAUGGUGAUGAAAACGACAGAAACAUAUUCCUGGAGAAGCUAAAUAAAUUUCUUGACGAAAAAGGCACUCCGCUUCAGCGUGUCCCAGUUCUCGCUCAUCGUGAUCUUGAUUUAUAUAAACUGUACAGAAUAGUUCUCAAGAUGCAUGGAAUGGAAAAGGUGGAAUCAUGGCAAUCUGUGUACAAAAAGAUGAAUAUUCCGGUUGUUUCCUCAGCUUCUGCUUAUCAUAUAAGAACUGCUUACGAAAGAUAUUUAUACGACUUUGAGGUUCAUUGUCGUGAAGCUGAACAGAUUGAAAAAGGAAAAAUGAGGUUGAAGUUGCCUCAAGAAGACGAAAAUUCGAAGUUGGCAAAUUCAAAUCAUGAAACUGAAACACCUGUUGUUUCCGAUUCAGAGAAAGAUAAUAAAAAUAGCAAAAUCAUAUCCAUAAUAAAAUCCCCAUCCAAGCGGGGCAGGUAUGUACGAAAAGCCAAACCAGAUCGUACGCAAUCGUUAAAGUCCCCUAGCUCUCCUGCGUGUGCUCCUCGUUCUCCGUGUUCACCUAGAUCGGUAGGUUCCGUAAGUCCAUCGGAGUGCACUGGCUCUCCUUCAGAGCCUAAUGUUUGCGACGCUCGUGAGUUGCGAGCAAAAACGGAGAGUAUUCCUAAUAAAAAUGCUCUGAAAGUUUCUGGCAUUACGGAUGAUUCAUGUGAGACAAUAGCGAACUCUUGUAAAAAAGAUAGAAAUUCUAAAUUGAAGAGUCCUGUUAAGAAUGUCGAGCCUGGAUCUCAAAAUAUGGACGCUGACCGCGAAUAUCACAAAGAAUGUGAUACUGAACACUCCUUUGAUGAAAAUACGAACGAAGGAUGUAAGGAUUCUAAGAAUUUGAACCGGGAAUUGAAUGUAAAAAACGAUAUGAAGAAUUGCCGAGAUAAGGAGGACCCCCUUGACGAAGGUGGAGGCGAUGGUUCUCACCGAGAGGAUACGCAGAAAAUGGAUGUGUCUUUCGCGAAGGAAUGUUCUGAGGAGGAAGAUACAGUGGAUGUUGUAAAUAGCCCCAGCGGUACAUCUGUAACUGUGGAUAGCGAUGAUCGCGUGGAGAGAAAGAAGUGUAAGAAGAAAGUUGAGCAGAAGAAUGUGACCAAGGGUGACGUCGUUGUUGAUGAAAUGGACAAUUGUUUUGAAUACAAAGUAGAUGAUCGCAUCGAUGUAAGAUAUGGACGGGGAAGGAAUACGACAGUCUAUCAUGCUAAGGUAACCUGUGUGGAUCCUAAUGCAGAAGAAGGGCUUUAUUAUCUUGUUCAUUAUCAAGGAUGGAAUGCAAGGCACGAUGAGUGGAUAGGAGACGAAAGGAUUAUUGGACGGGAUAUGGCUCAAAUCCGUACUCGAACAAACAAGGAAACGACAAAAAACUCAAAAGUGAACGUCAAACCAACUGCAAGAGCAACAGCCAAGCAUUCUCUGAGGAGGAAUGGCAAGAACUCUGCAAAUCAUGCGGUUAAAGGCCAUGGGGGUAGGGGUAGAAAGAGAACGCCCUCGCCUGUUACAAAUACAGCUACAAACUCUAGGAAUGGUAAUAGCCGAGGUUGUAAAAACAAAAAGGAUAAUGGCAGUGAAAAAAUGGAUGCUAUUUCAGAAGUAAAACACGCUACCCGAAUUACAAGACGAAACUCGCUCACAAUGACGGUGGAAACAGAAAAAGAUGCGCUUUCUGAGAAGAGUCCGGACACCAAAAUGGAAAAUGCUUCGGAUAAGACGUCAGAGGACGAGAUUAAGUUGGAAGAGAAACAGAGCAACAUAAAAUUGUUAAAUUCAGACGAAUCUUCGGGAAACCUGGCCGACUGUAGUGCUGAGCGAAACGCAUCAAGCAAUUUAAAACGAACACGUACGAAUGACAAAGAGAAAUCAUCGUGCGAUUCUCCUCCUGUCAAGAAGAAACCUGAGGAUAAGGAUUCGUCUGAGGAGGAGGUUUUCGAGGUUGAGGCUUCAGAAAAUACAAAAAUACAACAAGCAUCAACGACAGCCACCGAUGACACGUCUGGUCCCGAUCUUACUUGUUCCGAGCAGCUUCCGACUACGUGCUCCUCACCUGAUCCAUAUGUUGGGGGAUUUCCCAAUACUGAAGGCUAUUUGGAAGACUGUAUUAAAGAUGCGAAAAAGUGCAUGGGAACUAAGGACAAGGAUAGCUCGUCAUCAUUGGACGAGAAAAAGCAUGAAAAACAUACGACGAGUCGUCGUGGCAAAUGUCGACGCGAGAGAAAAGGCAGAACUCUGAGCUCCUAUUCUUCCUUCGAAUCCACAGAUUUACCAAACGGUACAACGACAGCGCCUUCAGUCACUGUGAUGUUGUCACCUUCUUGGACACCAAGAUAUAAUUUCACUGAAGAUUUAGAGGAGUUAUUGAAGAACGAAGAAAGCUCGGAAAGAAUUCGUCUUCUUACGGAAAAAAUAAAAGAUAUUCGUAAAGUUUAUGGUGAGCUGAAGUCUGAACUUGCCAACAUUGAUAGGAAGAAGAAACGAAGACUGAAAAGAAAAAGAGAAGAAGAAUUGUCUGCCGAAGAAAAUACAACCAGGUCUUCCAGCUCAUCUCCUUUGGCAACAACAAACGCAGUCACGUCUUCAAACCCACCUGCUGCCGUGGAAUGCAGAUGAUGGUGGAUUGGAAACGUGAAUUUUUAAUCAAUCGUAAGAUUUAUUUAUUUGACAAGAGAAAUAUGUAUCGAUAUUGAAUGAAAGGAAGAUAAUGAAACUCAUAUUUAUGAAUACAAAAUUGAAAAUUAACAAAUCCUAUGCGAGGCAAGUUGACACAACGAGCCAUAUCAACAGAGGUAAUUUAAACUAUAAAUAUGAAUAUGAAUUGGAUAUUUUAAUGCCCUGGUAAACAGUUUUUAACAAACUUCAACAAGUGUCAAUUAUGAAGUUCAGUUCAUAUCACAAAGUCUGUUGUAUGAAGAUUGUUCCUCAUGGAAGAUUGAAAAGAGAAUACUUUAAUUUGGACGUGUUUUACAAAAUUUUGUCAAAAUCUCUCGCUCUAAACUAUUCCUUGUGUAAAUAUUGUUUUAUAAGGAACUAAAGUAAGUGCUGUCAUCUCAUGCGCAUCAAUACUUCGCAUGCCUUUUUUCGCGAUAUAUUAUUAAUUCCAAGCUCAUGUUGCAGCUAACAAAUUACCUUUCAAAUUUGGACAGAAACUUGAUACAUUCGGAACGUCUGCAAACAGAAAUAUUUCUUUUGCGUAUAUAAAAAAAAGCGUUGUGUUUGAGCUAUUAAAAUGAAGUAAUGCACUGCAAUCGCAACCUCGUUCUUAGGUGGGUUUUUUUCUGAAAAUGAACGCGCGGAGUGUAGGUGUUCAUGUCAUCGUUAGGUUUAUUAACUUGCAUUACGUUUGUCGGAAAUAAUUGCUUAACUAUGUAAGGUUACGUGUUUGUUUUGCUUAUAAUAAGUAGAUCUUACAUUGCAGGUUCAGCUUCGUAAAUCGAGAGCGCUUGUUUACUUUUUGUCGUACAAUUUCUGACAAUUUUUCAUUUAUGUAUACUUGAAAACGACGCAGACUGCAUGCGCGCAUGAUGAAGCAACUCCUUUCUAACUGUUUACUAGGGCAUCUUUCAACUAAGACCUAUUGUCAGUGAAUGCAUGGAUUGUAAAUACUUGACUACAAAGAUGCUAAGCAUUUUUUAUCAAUUUUCUUUUACUCUAAUAUGAUGUGAAUAGCAUGAUUAACUUAUCAACAUGCAAUUGCGUAAGUGCAAGUAGUAAGUAAAAAGAAAAUCCUCUUGUUUUGUAAUACUUAAUGUGUAAAUAAUAUUGAAUGUAUAUCUAUAUAUUUUCACAAUAUUUAAUGCUGAAUGAAAUUUUAA